AUGGUCAUCGGAAACUUCAGCAUCGGUGGGAAAAUUGCUGUUAUUACAGGGGGCGGCUCAGGUAUCAACCUUGAGUUCGCAAAGCUCUGUCAGAAGCAUGGUUGCCGAGUAAUAGUUGCAGAUAUUCGAUCCACUCCAGAGCUCGAGGAUUGGCUACGAGAUGUAGAGAGAGCAGAGACCAAAGUGGUGUAUCAGCAGACAGAUGUGGCAGAGUGGGAUCAACUGAAAUCCUUGAUUAAAACUUCAGAGAGGCAAUUUGGCGAAGUUCCUGACAUAUAUGUGGCUGGAGCAGGGAUUUUUGAAGCGAAAGGACCUUCCAAUUUCUGGGAGGAUUUAGAAGACGAUCGUUAUCGACUACUUGACAUCAACGUUGGCCAUGCCAUCCAAUUCACACGGGUGGGCAUUCGAGAACUUGUCCAUCAUAAGAAAAAGGGCGUGGUCUUGAUUGUAGGCUCCCUUGCUGGGUACGCUCCCAACUUUACAGCUCCACUCUAUGUUGCAUCAAAGCAUGCCGUCACAGGUUUCACUAGGUCGCUAGCAAGUUUGGAUGAGAUUGCCGACAUUAAAGUAGUCGCUUGUGCUCCGGGCAUGGUAUAUACGAGAAUAUGGACCGAUGCCCCGAAAGCGAUGGAGGAGUAUAAUAUAACCGAGGGCAUCUGUGCUCAGCCAUCAGAAAUAGCCGAUGGGAUGCUGUCAUUGGUCGAAUCAUCUCAGUGGCCGGCGGGAACUGUCUUGGAGGUUACGAAAGGCCAAGCUUGGAGGAAUGUUCCGACCUUCAAUGCAGACCCGCCCGCUGGAGCGGGAGUCAAGCCGGCCCAACAUGCGGCAGAGAAACGUGUGCUUGGUCUCUUAAAGAAAUAG